AUGCCGGAGUUCUGUAAUGUCAUUGGGCCUAUCUCUCGUUACAUACUCUUCUUCCCCGCGAUUGUGCUUUUGGCUAACAUCAUAAUCAAUGCUGUUAUUUUCUGGAAGGACUCUUUGUGGGGCUUAACCAGAGUUGUAACGGGUGUUCCACUAUUAAACAAGAUUUACUUCGUUCGCCUACUUUUUCGGCGCUCUUCGAUAUCAAUAGGAUGCAUCAAAUUCAGCCUUCGUCGCGGCUUUGUAAUUGAAGUCAACGACCUAUAUGUAAGACUCGACGCUGACAGACCAUCGAACUUACCCCAGACAAAAAGCGAGGCAAAUCCACGGAUGAUUAUUAACCGCCAUCUUUCAACCAUUCUGCGGCACAUCUGGCCAAUAAAGCUAGUUUUGAAAAACGUCAAACUCCAGCUAUCUGGACCCGGCAGCAUCAUUAGCUGUGAGAACAUGGAACUCGAUAUAUGCUUCUCUUCAGAAGGAUCAGAACCCAUAUUAAAUGUUACCGCGGCUAUGAUCAAAGAUCGCAACGGGCGUUUCAUUCUGCGUAUGCUUCAGUACAAUCUUUAUCUUUCUCUGGAACGAGACAAAUCUAAAGAGAUGGACCAUUGGUGCCUUAGAUACCACAGCCACAUACUUAUCCUAAGAGGGCUUAGAAUUCUUGGCAGCUGCGAACAGAGCCAGCACGAAUCUCAGCAGGCCAAAACUCCGCAAGCAACGUUCCCAGAGACUUCAAUAGCCGAUAACAGCAGUCUACGCUUCUUUAUGAAUACUUUGAGGGGUUUAGAUAUCCGACUAGAGGAUGUUUCAGUUGUGGUAAGGGAUCCUUUCUCCGUCAAUUUCUCGGGAGUUUUUAUGUCCUUGAAGACAAUAGACGCAUUACAUCAUGGGAUGCUCGACUCGCUUCCAAGCGACGUCAGUUGUCCCCUCAUUCAUGAAAUGGCCUUGACCGUUAAUUCGGCCGUGGGUCUUUUGAACAAUCAGGAAGUCUUGAGAGUUCCAACGUUAACUUUGACUUCUGUUUCUAACUUGGGCUCCCUUCUUUUUGUCCCCAAAAUCUCAAAUCUUACAUUGGGAUGUACAAUGGCAAUAGUCGACCCAGCUGUCACUAUAACGCAGUUUCAACUGAAGGAGCUCUGGAUUUUGUAUACUAGCUCCAUUUUCCAUUCAUCAGAAAGCUCAACCCACGAUUGGCGGUUGAUAUUUGAGGAAGCAAAGUCCAAAUCAUUCAUUAUAAAACUUAUUAUGUCCAAUGCAUCUUUUACGUUAAAAUCAUCACAGUCAAAGCACUUCGUUUUCCGCUUAAACAAUCUCCAUGCUUUUGCCCAACAUCAACCCGAGUCCAAGAAAGACGGGGUUAGCAAGAGCGUGGAUAUCGCCGGCUUAAAACAAACUCAAAACCCUCUGGAUAAUUUUCUAAAAAUUGAUAAAUUUAGCUUGAGAUAUUUCCGAUUUCAUGAGGCCACAAGCUCAAAGCUGUUCGACGUUCCUAUUGUCAUCUUCAGUAAAUGGGAAUUUUUUAGUAAAAAUAUCAGCUCUGAGAAGAAGGAUCUAACAAGCACUCUAAGAGAUCUUAAGUUAUCGUUGGAAAAUAUUGAAGUUAUUGAAGGAGCCAGCCACCUACUUGAUAAUUGGAGAUCAUGGUUAACGCCGCGGGCAUCGAAACUGACAUCUAAACCAAAGUUUAGCCUCGAUUAUUCACUAAAAUUAAGGCUAAAAAAUACAACGGCAACAGUGAUUGUGGCUCAUCACCUUCCGAGGUAUCUUGAUGCCUUUGGUAACACAUCUACUAAUCUCACAGAAUAUGCUCGUGGUGUCAGCGUUUGUCUAACGGAGGCUUUCUUUGACGUUUACCCGGGUGAGUAUAAAUUGCACGUUAUAAAUGGAUCCAUUUCAAGAGUCAUGGAGGAUAGCACACAGACGCUGAGUUAUCAAGAGUUUGCAUUAAUAGAGGACUUCAAACUUGAAAAUAGCUACGCGGGGUACCAAUGUCGCACUUCAGCAGUUAAAAUUAACUUCGGCGUAUCCACAAUCUGGCUAUAUUUCUUUUUGAAAGAUAUCUUUAAGCAGUUCUUUCAGUCAAACUCAGCCUAUGUGUCAUCUUCUUCACCAGUCCGUCAUGUAAAGAAAUCCAGAUUAAUCGAAUCAGUUGGGAUUGAGAUUGUGUCAACGCUUAUAGAAGUCGAGCUACCACAGUCCGCAAAGCUGUUGUUCACUUUACAAGGUACGGUUUUCAAGGGCGGGUCGCUUAUUCUAAUUGUUGAAAAAAUAAGCGUUUUGACACCUUCCGUCUAUCAGUCUGACGAUGUGUUGGUCACGGUUUUGAUAUUAAACAAACUUGUUACUGACUUGGGAAGCUUUUCUUCUGACGCAGCUUCCAAAAUUGAUGCUGAUUCUUUAUGGCUUAAAUUUGAAUAUCACUUGAGACUUUACAAAAUACUUGACAACAUCUGCACAAUGAUAAAAUGCUUCAAAAGGGUCGGGGCUUCUUUUCAAGAUCUUUCUCAUUUCAAGGCUACAAAGCUAUUCGCAGAAAGUCCGAAAGCAGUGAGUGCUAUAGACUUCAAGACAAACACUCUUUCCCUCAACGUGGAAGAAGAUCCGUUCGAGCAGGAGCUCGGGCUAAUUUUUAAGGUAGGCGUCUCUGAACAGCAAGAACGCAUAGAAAAAUUGAGAUUGCUGGAGGAAGAGCUGAAGUCACAUUUCCCAUAUUACAAUUCAGCUCCUACAAGUCCUAAUAAUUUUAAUCCUAAAGUGAUGAGGCUUUUCGAACAUUUUUCAACUUCGUGGAUCAAUCGCAUGAGGAAAGCUCGCUUCGCCUUCUUCAAAAACCCUCUUCGAACCGUGAGGAGUGAAGACAUAGGUUCGUCCUCUUUGAGAAUUUUGGAAGGACUGGACAGUACAGUUCUCAAGGUUGAAAUGGAGACAGUAACUUUAAAAUUGCGACGACCCUCGUUUGCGCUUCAAAAAUGCUCUGAUUUUCUCUAUAAGUAUGGAAAGAAAUUACCUCGCGACACCACCUUCACAACUCUUUUGCCACUUGGUAUUCGAUUGGAAGGGGGGAGGUGUGAGUUCAGUUUAAGAGAUUAUCCUUUGCCCAUUCUUUACUUUCCUUCCUUAAAAAUUUCAGGUGACUUGGUCUUUGCAGAAAGGAUGGCACACUCAUUUUCCAAAAGAUACGUUUAUGUGCCAUUUGUUCCUGGAGCAGAAGACGAAAUUCAUGUCUCUGAAGACUCUAUUUAUGGAUCAAAAAUUAUCCGUACAAUGAAUCCGCUCAAGACGUACAUGAACCUUAAGUGUGAAAUCGAUUCGAACAUUCCUACAACGAUAACAUGGGGUAAGUCUCUACAGCCAGGAUACCAGUCCGUAAUGAUCUGGUUUGAUUAUUUAACAAAACCUCCUUUAGACCCCUCAGAAAAACUUGGAUUUUGGGACAAAAUUCGUCUCCUUAUUCAUGGUCAAUUGGUUUUUGAAUGGCUUGGGAAUAGCGAAAUUCAUCUAAACUUAAAAGGGUCCCACGAUCCCUACUUGAUUACGGACAGAGGUGCAGGUCUUUCAUUUUGCUGGCGAGGCAACGCAAGGCUUUCCAUACACGAAUCAACGGAUCCAACUGAUUUCCUUAAAAUUACAUCUGGGCAAUUUUUGCUGGGAAUCAGGGACUUCACACAGCCUAAGAGACUCGAAAAAAUUCUAAUGAACCUCAGUGGCCAUGUUACCUGGACGAUGGGAAUUUCGUUUGAGUCUGGUAAUCUCAAGGAUCCUGGAGUUGAAAAACGCUCGAACGCUUUCAAAUCGCACUACGAAGUGAACCUCUGGAACCCUCUUUUCAUAGAUGGUGAUGCAGGCCACGACUCAUAUAAAGGAUUUAGAAGUGAUUUCAUUCACUUAUUCUUCUGCGUUGAGACUGAUGAAAAGCACGAAAGCUCAAACAAAGUUUACUUGGCACCGCACAGCAUGACCCAUUUUUUCAAAUGGUGGAAUUUGUUCAGUACUUACACGUCAGGCCCCAUCCGACAGGGCCCAUUAUUUCCAAAUUUGGUUCAAAAUCCUAGAAAGUUUUCAAAAGCUCUGUUCACUAUAAAGUAUAAGCUACAGCUGUCGCCUUUGGUGAUUUCGCAUACUUAUAGACAUGCCGAUUCGCAGCUUGCCAGCAGAAAGGAUGAGGAAAUGGCGUUCACCAGUUUGAAAGGCACGUUCAAAAGCUUGAAAUUAGACCUCCAUCAAAAAAGGAUUAAAAUGACCCAUGCUGACAAAAAAUUGCAGGUUUCGCGAACUGUUUGGAAGCUGAAAAUGAAUGCUGGGGAGAUCGACUGCGUUGAAGCAGACCUUCGGUUGAUUUAUACACUUCUCAAGUCUCAGUCAGAUCGCAAAGUUCCUCCUCAGAAAAGUCAAUGUAUGGAUGACAGCGGGUUCAAAGACGUGCCGCAGAAAAAUGGCAACAAAUUCUGCUCUGACUGGUUCGACAUGGAAGACUAUCAUGAUGUAAACCAAGCACUGUAUAAAGACGCAAAGCCUCUUGCAUUUGAAGAUUCUCCGUUCUUGUACUCUCCUAGAAUAUCUUAUCUGCGAAAGCUUAGCGAAGGUGUACCGUUGGAUUAUCCUUUUGGGCUAGAGAGAGAUCAUGCCUGUAGCCUCGGUCGCAACGACCCAAUGGUUACCCAGGAGGCCCUUGCUAAAAAAAGAGCCGAGGAAUUGGAGAUUCAACUUGAUCUGAUCGGAAAGCUAAUUACUAAUUUGAAUUCGGAGACCAAUGAGGGCACCGACGCUAAAUUCCGAGGUCAGCAGCUUGAUGCUCUAAACAGACGUUUGCAUGACUUUAGACAUAGGCUGCACAUCAUCCAUAAGGUCUUAGAGGAUUUGAUGUUGUCAAAAUUACCUUCCAGAUCCUUAAUUUCCGACGACGUCGAAAGCAACUUCUCAAACGAAAGUGCAAACCAAGCCGAAGCAGAAUCUCAAGAACUUAUGGAGAGGUUGCAUACAAUCACAACCUUUCGGUCUAUGAGAAAAGCUACCAGUGCUUUCGUGAAAUCAUCUUUUGACAAUAGAUUUAUCGUUCACAACAUUCUACUCAAGAUCAACAAUAAAACCAGAGAUUUGAUGCUCGACUAUGCUUUCAAUGUCCUGAGUAGAAAAAAAUCUAGUUUUUAUCAAACGUACAAAGCUGUAGCUUUGCUGGACGAGCUGCUAAAAAACAAACUUUGGGGUCUUCCGUCUGCCCGUGCGGUGGAUGGUGAUUUUUUCUCUUCGGAAGACUCCUUGUCGAACGAAGAGUUGAUGGAACAGUUCGACAGCAUAAUCAGGCAAGUUAUGGCUGACGGUCUUAAAGCAUUUGAUACAUAUCAAAUCAAGCUUGUUUCUCCCCAGAUACAAAUAACCUCAAAAGAAGUUCCAUUGCAGUGUAUUUUAAUCACUGCAAGAGACAUAGAAACCUCGAUUAUAGACAUAAAUCAAGUUCCGGAAUCGACCAACCAAAGCAUUCCACUCGAUGUAAACAGUUUGGUUGAAUCAAGAUUUUGCACCAGGCUUAAUGAGGCACACUUUUUUAUAUUUGACAAACAAGAAGUUUCCUCAGAGGAUGGUUUGGGGUUUCAACUCUAUGGCUAUGGGGCGGACGAGAAUUCAAAGUAUUGGCCACCAUGGUUACCAAUGGAAAUGUGCUACAAUUGCGAAUCUUUGAAAGACUCUGUGUUCCUGACUAGAAAUGACAUGAUAUUUUAUUUCAUACAGCCUAAUUCACUUUACUUUCAGGAUAAGGUCAAGAACAUUGGUAGAAGUGAGACAAAGGUCAGGAUCGGCUUUCCUAGGCUGACACUGGCUUCAACUUCAGACCAAUACUCGUCCAUUUAUGCUAUCGCGGUAGAGCUAUUGCACUUUGCAUCUAGUUUUGACAAGAAGGCCGACAAAUUGUCUAAAGUAAUGUUGGCUGAGGAAGUCAGGAACAAUCUUGAUAAGUUGGAUGUCUCGAUAAUCAUCAAUCUUCAAAACUCAAUAAAAAAUUUGCAUAGAACCAGAGCUUAUCUUAGAGUUAACGAUCCGACAUGUUAUGACAAGGUCGCGCAGAAAAUUGCAGCCGAGCUGGAUGCGGCCGUCUUGGAAUUGAAUCUUUUGAUGACUGCUGUCAAGAAAAAUCAUGAUAAGCUCAAGCUCUCGAACGGAAAGGACGGAACUCAAGACAGAGUGUGUUGGCAGAUCGGAGCCGAUGAAGUAACAUGGAAGCUCCUGGACGACCAAGGAGAAAACUUCGUGUUGUUUGAGCUUGGGUCUACUUGCUACAUGAGGUCACAAGCCUUAGAUGGAACAAAUAAUAACAAGCUGGUCAUUACAUCUCUAGAAUGUAUCAAUCUGCAGGAAAGUGCCGUUUACAAAAAGUUACUCUCUCCAUACAAUGCAAUUGUUGAUGUGACGAAGCCUUUGAUACAAAUUUUGUGGACAAUAGGGCCAUCCAUCGGUGGAAUCUCUGACCUAGUUGAACUAGUCGUUCUGUUAGAGCCCUUCAGAUUCAAGAUGGACCAUCUGACAUCAGAUAUCUUAUUGAAGUACCUAUUUCCGGCGAGGACAAAUGAGGCACCAGUUGGCAUUAGUCCUCGUAUCGCCGAAAAUGGCUCAUUUUCGACCGAAUCUAGGGAGAACUCUGUGGUUUUAAACCUCAGCUGGAGAUUGAAGGGUCCACUUCCGAUGUCUUCGUCAGCAUCCUUGCGAAAUCAGAGCCGAAAUUCCCAAUCAGCUCCCACUGCCACGUUCAGUCGAAGCACUGGGCGAGACAUGAAUGAAAUGGUCAAUAGGUCGUCAAGAUACUUCAACGUGGGUUCUGUUAUCAUUAGGAAAGUAAUGAUAUCUAUCAGUUACAAGGGCUCUCGAAGUCUGAUUACCAACGUAGAUGGACUUACGGUCAAAGUUCCCACUCUUCAUUACUCAAACAAACUGUGGUCGCGUGAUGAAUUCAUUGCAACGCUCAAAAAGGACAUUAUCAAAAUUGUUCUCCAGCACACGGGGAACAUAAUAGGCAACAAGUUUACAAUACACAAGAAGGAGAGCGAGCACAAAAAUUCCGAGAAUUAUACCACAGUGUCUUCACUAGCGUCGGGAAGCCCCCAGUCUGCUAGGUUUCCUCCACACGAAGCCGGUAACACGCCGCGCCCCUCAUCUCUAGGGUUUACCAGUCGGCAAUCAAGCCGUAUUUCGCAGGACAUGCAACCCAAUGAUGAAGAUGUUACUGGGUUUUAUCCAACGACUCACUAA